AGAACUAUCUGCACUGUGCUGUAUGGGAAGAACAGAAGUUUAUCAGGACAGUUGUGGACGAGUCGUGUCCUUCUGCUGCAACAAUGUCUCCCAGAAAACUCCUCGCUCUGGGGCUCCUGUGUAUAUUUUAUGUGCACACCAGCCAAGCAGUGAAAGUUGAAGAAAACAUAUUGACUCAGUCAAACUUCUUCCAGACUCUGGAGCCAACAGGGGAAUACAUGUUUCAGUUUGAUGGCGAUGAGAUAUUCCACGUUGACUUGCAACUUAAAGAAACAAAAUGGAGGCUGCCGCAGUUUGGAGAGGUGGCCAGUUUUGAGACAGCUGGAGCUCUGCAGAAUAUCGGUGUUUUGAAAUAUAAUCUUAACAUUUAUGAGAAAAGGUCAAACUACACAAAAGCAAAAAGCGUGGCUAGAGACGACAUACAUAUAUAUACGGAGAAGCCGCUGGUUCUGGGUGAGCCUGUCACCUUGGUCUGCCUCGCCACCCAGUUCUUCCCCCCUGUCAUUAAGAUGAGCUGGCUGAAGAAUAACGAGCCGGUGACAGUCGGUGUGACAGAUACUGUCUAUUAUCCUGCACCAGAUUGGUCCUUCAGCAAAUUCCUCUACUUAGCUACCGUUCCUCAAAAGGGCGAUGUGUACACCUGUUCUGUGGAGCACGACGGACUCUCUGUCAACCCCACCAACAAGUUCUGGUGUAAGUGACAAGGAUUACUAUAUUUCCAUCAGAUCUGGUACAUUUACAAAAGG